CACGUUUGAUUAAAAAUUGACCGGGUUCGGCAUACAAAUUAUUAAUAACUUUCAGCACUAAGCGCGGGAAGAAGUGAGAGUUCUGUGACUGUCAGUGUCAAUAGGCGUAGAACGAAGAACGAAACACGUGCAUGAAUUGAGGGUCCGACAUUAACUUAAGACCAGGGCAGAUGAUGACAAGUAUGGCAGCUGCUGUGAAAUCGGGUGAAUUUAGAGCAAAAUACUUGAAUACUAUGAGAACAAUGCUUGGUUGGAAUCUCAUGCAGAAAGUUUUAGAAAACAAAAACCGUUCAGGGAGACAGAAAAUUUUGUCUGAAUCCUUUCACCAAAAAGAAUUGGAGACUGGUGUAGAGGAAGCAUGCAAAUUGGGAAUGAUGGAAGCUGUGAAGUUUCUUAUAGAAAAAUGUGAUGUCAAUGUAGAAAAGGUCAAACAUCUGUGUGUAUGGUCUGCAGCAAGUAAACAAAAUUCUAAUAUUGUGAAAUAUUUCUUUGAGAACUAUUCCAUUGAUGUUAACAUGGAAAAUGAUAAAGGAAUGAGAGUCAUACACUUUGCCUGUCUUGCUGGUGAUGUAAGUUUAGCAGAAUAUCUCGUUAACAAAGGAGCUGACAUGACCGCUGUAGAUAGCAAUAAUGUGAAUUCUCUUAUGGCAGGGGCUUGGGCAGGUUCUUUGAAAAUAUGUCAAAUGGCUGUUAGAGCAGGAGUGGAUGUAAAUGCAAAGAGCAGCUCUGGUGAACAUAUUCUACAUGGGGCUAUCAGACAAAGCAACAAUUUAAAGCAAUGUCGAUUAGAUGUUAUACACUAUCUUGUGAAGGCAGGAGCAAACGUGAACAGCGUCAAUGGAUCCAACAUUUCUGUGGUCAUGUAUGCAGCUAUAGCAUUAAAUGGAAGCACUAAAACUCUCGGUUAUUUCCUUAAGCAUCCACAAGUGGAUGUUCGUGAAAAAAUUGAUGCAAUUAAAUUAGGAGGGGCAUUCUUGAUUACCAAAGGAAAUGAGAGAAGAGGAUUCAAGUUUUGGACAAGAGCUAUUGAAUUUCAAGAAAAAUUGAAUAUUAGACCGGAAAUUCAAAACAGCAAUUCUGAUUCGUGUGCUGGUUAUUUCUCUUGCUAUGAGCCAGUAUCUGUUGCAGAUAUCCAAAGACUGAAAAGAAUCCCAGUGUUUCCAAUCAAGUUUAUGGUUGCACUGAUGACAAAACUUCAUGUAAAGUAUGGUCAUGAUUGUAUCCAGCAGUUGGAAAGUUUGAUGGAUGUGAUUGUUUCACUGGGAUAUUAUGACUUCUACCUAGAAGUUUUUGUGUACGUAUUUCUCCACAUUUUUCCAGACAAUGGAAAUGUGAAUUAUUUGCAAGACUUUCGGAUUGCUUUUCGGAUUAUCUGUGCAAUCGUAGCUUGGAAAACCAGGGAGGGAGAUGAAAUAUUUCCAAAAGUAUUGGAUUUUUUUGAGAAAAUGACAAAUGGUUUUGAAAAUCAACAAUUCUGUUGCAGAAGGAGACUUAUUAGGUCUGUGAGAGAUCUUUCACAGUCACAGAGAGAACUGAGGAGUAUGAUAAUGAAUGUACUUGAUUUUUUCAGUCCCAGUGAUGCAGAAGAUGACAAUGAUUCAGAUGGGUAUUGUGUUAAUGAUGACUACAAAGAUGGAAAACAGAAAAACUUGUACAUGAAGCUCAUGAUCAAACUUGGUGCUCUGAUUUUUGAAAUAUUUCCCACUCACAAAGAGGAAUUUAUUCCAUGUCUUCUGAAACUUCUGAGGACGAACUUCAGAGAUGAAAAACAAGCUACUUUCCUUCACAUUGCCAUAAACUGUAUUGAUACCAAUUUAGUCUAUCAUGGGAAUGAAGAUAGCCAAGCAGAUCUGGUGAAGAUACUUAUUGAAUAUGGAGAGGAUGUUAAUGCAACUGACAAUUACCUCUGUACUCCAGUCCAUGAUCUUGCCAGAGUUGUCUACAGUGGCAACAGAAACCUGAUACAAGAGGUGCUGAACCUCAUGAUAAAGUAUGGUGCUCAUUUAGACAUCAGAAAUAAGACUGGAUGGUCUGGAUUGGAUGAGUUGAUAGAUUUUGAAGUAACAGUUCAUCCCGUGGCAAACCAAUCACUUCAGUGCCUUGCAGCGAAAGUUAUCAUGGAGGAAAAACUAAGUUAUCGAAGCUGCGUACCAAAGGCAUUGUGGGAUUUCAUUAAACUGCACGAUCCAGAGGAACACAUAAUGCAAGAUGACAUUCCAUAUGCUUAUUUUAGUCAAGAGCAAUUUUGGUUUAGCCCCGAGGAACAUGUGUGUGAUACAGACUGAAGUCAGAUGGGACUUGUAUGUAUUUGAACUGAAAAUGGACUAGAUUUGAAUUAUUUAAGAAUCUCCUCCUGUUGCAUGUAUUUUUUAAGAUAUAUUUUUAAUAAUUUUGAAAUAUUUUUAUGGUUGGAUAAAUUUCCAGCUCUUGCUAAAAUAGAAUGUUCAUUAGGCCAAAAUAAGAUGUGUAUGUUUCCUAUUUCACUCCCCCAAAAAUUAGGUAGGGUAGGUAGACAAAACACUUUUAAAUUUUAUUUAAACAGUUUUUGAUUCAUUACAAAUACUUUUCAAAAAUUCUGAACAUCAAUUGUAGUGAAAAUGUUAAUCAGAAAAGCUCGAACGUGAAAAGAAAAAUCUUCUGGUUUGAAAAUUCUGAAUUUUUAUUUUUAAAAUUCCUAAAUUUUCGCAAGGAAUUUAUUAUAGCGUAAUUUCGCGAGAAACAUCACUCCCGAAAAAAUAUUUCUCGCUUUUAGUUUUAUAUUGCUAAAGUACAUGCAGAAACACUAUAAUCAACAGAGCACUCGCUAAUUUAUUUUCUCGCAAUUUGACAUCCAUGAGUCAUAUAGUGAUAAUAAGUACUCGCGUAAAAUAAGGAAUCUACAGUAUAUCGGCAAAAUAUUUAGAAUUGGCAGCAAAUUCGUAGUUAGGGUCAGGAAACUGGAAACGCGCUUAUAUUUUGGCCUUGCUACUAAUGCAUGUAUUUUGAAUACUGCUCCUGGUUAUAUUUACAAUGUAUGUUUCCUCGCCCAAAAUCAGUUUUUAAACGGAAGUUUCAUUGGAGAUUCAGGAUAUAGUUUGUGGUCCAUCCAUCUGUCUUUAGAAAUCUUAGCCUUAACUUUUGAAAGGAUGGCUAUAGGGCUUUCAUAUUUCACAUGUAUUCCUUGUGACAAGACCUUUCAUUAGAUUCCAUAAUUACUUUGCUGCGUGGGCAAAGAUGUUUCACAAGCACAUCUUGUUACUCCUAUUUUUUUCUCUAUGUAAUUGCACAUUUAAUUUCACAGAUUUAUCAUGGAGUGAAAGUAGCUAUGAUGAAACGAAAUAUAAGGCUUUGUACAGUACAACAUGGAUUCCAUGAUUACACAAUGUUGGAGGGACAACAUCAAAGCCAUUUUUUUAUUGUUAAUUCUUUGAUUUAUACUAAAUAUAAUGGGCAGGCUUAUUUUACAGAGUAAGUGUUGCACUCUUUUUUUUAAAAUUCCAUGUAACUGUCUGUGGCCAUAUGACUUGUAAUUUAUAUUAUCAUGAAAUCAGUAUCAAGACCAAACAAUUUUAUUCUUUAUCUGUAUAUUGAAAGGUAUCAAGAUUUUUAGAUUAUUGAACCAAGAGGGAUAACCAGUAUGCAACACAAAACUGAAACAUUUGAUGGUGUUAUCCAAAUUAACUGAAUUGCUUGUGAGGACAGGAAGUUGUUGGCAUGAACAUAUAUCCAUCAAUCUGAUGAUUAAUUUUUUUCUGUGAAUUAUUUUAUUCACUCGAGGCAUUUGCAGUUGUAGUUUUUAUAUUUACUGAUUGUGAGGAUAUUUGGUGUAAAUGCAGUGAAUGAUUUGUAAUAUUGGAUACAACCUUAAUACCAUUCACAUGGACGUGAAUUGGUUCAAAAUCCUGCUGGACAUUAUCAGUACAAAUUUAGAUUGCGUUAUUAUUAUUAUUUUUUUUUUUAUUUAAUUGGUACAUCUAUUAUUGAGCUUCAAGUUUCAGAUAAAGUCCCUUGGUACAGACCUUGGUUCAUAUUAUAUUUCAAGGCUAUACACAUGAAAGAUCACUGGAAGGUUUGUGUAUAAACUUUUAAGCUACAUUUGUAUAAAUAUUUUAGUUUCAAUUGGUUUUUAACUGGUGUGCAAUGUCAAGUUAUCUGGAAAGGAAAUUUUGAAAUGCCUUUGUGCAAGAGUUCUUGUACAUACUGCACCUUUGUGGAAGUAUUUUGGUUUCUUCAGCACACAUAUACUUCUGCGUAGUGUAUAUGGCAUUCAGUUUUAAAGAUGGUCUUUGCUGACAAAUUAUUCUUGGAUACAGUUCACGGUUCCUGCUGGCCAUUGUGAAAAAAAAUUAUGUGCACGUGAUUAUUACUAGAGAGUCGACACUAAGAUUUUCAUGUGGUACAGGAUUUUGAAUGUAUUUGGUAUACAAUAUAUUUAACACUAGCAAGAAUAUUAUCUUGCACAGAUGCCUGGAUUAUUGAGUCGAAACAAUUUUUGAGAACCCGAUUUUGAAGAAUGCAAUAUUACAAGGAAACGCCACACAUUGUAGAACCGGAGCUUUUACUUUAUACCUACUUGUUGAUACAUGUAUUCGUUUUCAUUUUGUUUACAAAAUUGUUCUUGCCAUAAUGAAAAUUAUUAUAUUUUUUAGAAAUUGAAGGGUGUCGAAAGACUUAUUUGUGAUAGAAUUCUGAUAGCGAGUUGUAUGCUAAUCUUUUCUCUUCACACAAUGUUUUCUUUUUUAAAUAUGUUUAUAUGUAUUUUCUACUCGUUUGUUUUAAAAUGUCAAAAGAUACUGAUAAUAAAAGCAUUUGAACAUA